AUGGAUCCAUUAAGUGUGACAGCUAGUGUCAUUGCAGUCGCUACGUUGGCUGCGCAAAGCGUUCAGGCUGCUUACCAGGUUAUUGACGGUCUUGCCCAGGUCCCGCAAGCUAUUGCCAACUCCAAGAUUAUCCUCUUAGAGACUCAAAGCACUUUGGAUGCGCUCAAUGGAACAUUAAACGAGAAUCUCGAUAAGCAGGCCCAGUUCGAACCCCUCCUGCAGAUGCUUGCGCUGGACAGAGCUUUGGGGUCUACUCAGGACUUGUGCACUAAAUUCGGCAGUACAAUCGCCAAAUACACAAGACAUUCGACGGAACUGAGGUUUAGCAACCGCGACAGAAUCCUACUCAACCUACAUGAGUCCCAUAUUACCAAUUUCAAUCAGCAACUCAACGAUUGCCGCAACACGCUGUCUUUAAUGAUUGGCACAAUCACCUUGAUCAUCUCUGCUAGUACUUCGGUUGAUGUUCGAGAGAUAAGCGUACGAUUCGAAGCCCAGGAGCAAGCUCUUUCAACCCUGAUUACACAUCUCUUAAGCGUGCCUGCCACUUCGGCGACGUCAGAACCACCGGCCCCAGACAGUGAGAUGGUUCCACGCACCCAAGAUGAGGGGCAGACACGGAUUCAACGGACGGCCAUUCUUCGAGACACCUGCGAGGUUGCCCUGCAAGCCACUCGAGCCAAGCGAAGCGGCCAGACUUUCGGCGAUAUGCAUUUAGACCAGUCCAUGGCAAUGCAAGGGAUAGUUGGUCAAGCUCAGGAGGGCGUGGAUCAGUCGUUUGGAAAGCUAACCGCUCAGAACAAAAGCAGGGCAUUCCAAGGUCAGAUGAAUGCGACCUCUUUUGCUCAGAUGUUUAAUGCCAAGGAAUAA